GACAUCAUCGUCGUCCUUUUAUUAUUUAUUAAAUUUAAUUUAGGAUUUUAUUAUAUAAUAAUUAUAAUUGUAAUUAUUAUUAUAGGUAAAUAAUUGUAUCUUGCCGUAAAACAUUUUGGAUAGAAAUAAUAAUAAGUAAGAGUAAAAAUAAUAACAACAACAACGACGACAACAACGACAACAACAACAAUAUUUUAUAAUUGAAGUAAAGUUCAGUGUGUUUGUUUAACAAAUUCUUUAGAUGAGGAAUUAGCUUUUGAACGAGCGGGAAAAAAAUUAGCAAAGAAGAUAGAAAGAAAGAAUUAAAGGAAAAAUAGGUAAAAAUAAAGGAAUAAAGAUAGAAGGAUGGUUAAGACGGCAGUAACCAGGAAUCCUCAACUGCUCAUCAUCAGACCGGAGUCUGAACUGGAGUUUGUCGGUGAUCCGAGCCAGGUGAACACCUCUCAGAUAGUCUUACAGAACACGACGGACAGGAAGAUCGGCUUCAAGGUACUCACCAAUGCACCACACCUUUUCUUUGUCAGGCCUGCUUUCGAGGUCAUCUUGCCCUACAGUCAGUGCUGCAUCAGUGUGAUGGUCCAACCACCGAACUCAAAAGAGUUAGAGAACUUUCGGCACCACAAGUUAAUGAUCCAGUCCAUCGUUGUUCAACCGGAGAGUACUGAAAGUAUCGAUAAAUUUAUCGCCAGAAACGCCAACAGUCCAGAAAUUAUGGAGACCAAACUAAUUUGCGCAUUCAAGACAACCUACACAUCGGAAUUGGAACUUCCUCUGGCAGUCAGUGGAGACGAUUCACACGACGGAACGGGAUCACGCGGAAAUGAGAUGCCAGGAUUUGGAGAUGACAUUAUGAAAUUUCAAGAGAGUCUGCGAAAUAAAUCUUCUACGCAGAUGAAACUAUGUCUUCUUGCCGUUGUCGUUGCUGUGGUUGCUUUCCUGGCUUAUUACUUUUAUUUCGGAGUCAAUGUCGAUGGUGACGCGGAGAAUGAAACUGAAGAUUGAAGAAAAUAACGCAUAAUAACAAAUCAGUUUAGAACAUUUAGGAUUAGUAAAUAUAUACUACCUAAUAUAAAUUAACAUUUUCGUUUAUUCACCGAUCUAUUCUAAUUAUCGAUCUAGGGUAAUAAUCAAAAGAUGAGUAACUUAAAUAAAUACUUAAUGCUUGCUUUUGGUAAUUCAAUAUAGAUUAUUAACGAUUUUAAUUUGAAAUUUAAAAAUAAUACAAAUCUUUAGAGUCACCUUAAAAGGCAUGGAUAGCCAUUAACUAGCCGGGUAUGAUGAAUGUAUGUGCGUGGAUGUGUGUCUGUGUGUGUAGAUGUGUGCGAUCUUACGUGACGUGUACGUAUAAACGUAUGUGCGCUUUCGUAAUUUAUCCGACUGUACGAAAGGUAACUGUCAAUGA